GGGUAAAAUCAGUAAAAUGUCAAAUACUAGCGAUAAAACAACUGAGUUUGUAAAAAAUUCAUAAAAAUCGAAACUGUUAUUGUAUGCAAAAUAAAUUCGUCAAAAGCUAGUUAAUAAAUUUGUAGUAUUAGCUAAAUAAAUUAUAUAUUUAAAAAUAGCUAAAUAUAAUUAAAAAUGUUGAUUAAAGUAAAGACGUUAACCGGCAAAGAAAUAGAAAUUGACAUCGAACCAACGGAUAAAGUUGAAAGGAUAAAGGAACGUGUAGAAGAAAAAGAGGGUAUACCACCACAACAACAGCGGUUAAUUUUUUCGGGAAAACAAAUGAAUGAUGAAAAAACGGCCCAGGAUUAUAAAGUUCAAGGAGGUUCUGUUCUUCAUUUAGUCCUUGCUCUACGUGGUGGAUUCUGAUCGAAAAUUUUUAUUUAUUCUUCUUUCUAUUUUU